AACCAAGAUCAGUCAUCUUACUGCCGGCUGAUUAAUGGCCUAAACAAUGUAACCUUUGCCACACCUUAUGCUGGCUGUGCUUAAAAGGAGAGAGGCUGAGCACCUGCUGCAUCCAGCAUCAAACUCCAGGUGAAGCAGAUUCAGACUUUCAGGUCAUAAGGUUCCCUGCAGAGGAGAAGCAACAUGAUUCCAGUUUUCCUCUUUCUCCUCUUCCUCUCGAUGACAGCUGUUCCACUGAGAGCAGCUGACAAUGAAAACCAAAUUGAUGAGAACACAGAUCCCACUGAGGUCAUCUCCAAAGCAAAUGCCGACAUAAAGACACCACUCAUCUUUGGUGACAUUGCACCGAGCAGAAAGAGGAAUGCAGUACCAUGCACGGCGACGGGCUGCAAAUGGCCCAAAUCUGGAAGUUAUGUCUAUAUUCCCAUCUACAUUUCCAGUCAUUACUCUGCGGCAGAACGUAACAUCAUCAUUAGAGGCCUGGUGAGCUUCCACAGUUCCACCUGCAUUCGCUUUGUUUGGAGGAGGACACAAUCAAGCUACCUUUACUUCUACUCUGGAACUGGGUGUUGGUCCUACCUCGGCCAUCAGGGUGGACUUCAGCCGGUGUCCCUUAGGAGAAAUGGCUGCUUGUUCCAAUCAACAGUGCAACAUGAGGUUAACCACGCUCUGGGCUUCCAUCAUGAGCAAGUCCGCUCUGACAGGGACAACUACGUCCAGAUUUUGACCCAGAACAUUAUACCAGGAAAAGAACACAACUUUAUGAAAGUGAAUACUAACAACCAAGGGACUGGCUAUGACUUCAACUCGGUUAUGCAUUACUCUAACACUGCCUUUUCUAGAAAUGGCCAACCAACAAUAAUUUCUAAAGAUAAUCCUAGCCUCAGUUUUGGAAGGGCAGCAUCAAUGAGCGCCACUGACAUUGCCCGCAUCAACAAACUUUACGGAUGCUGAAUCAACCUCCAGAAACUUCACCUUGCCAGCGAUAUCCCUGACCUGCUCUGAUCUUCUCCUCACACAGAAUCUAAGCGUAAAGUUUUAGCUGCUUGAUUGAAGUGGUGUUAUAUUUUAUUCUGUUAACAUUAAACCACAUAUGGGUUUCUAUUGGUGAAGGUUUUUCUAAUCAAAAAAUUUUUUGGGAACUGGGGUUGGAUUUGAGGGUUUAUAUAUUUUCUAGAUUUUUUUUUCUAAAAAAAAAAAAAUGGUUCAGUUAGUCAACCUGUAAUAAAAGAAGUGGGAUGGCCAGGGAUUCGGAUACCAGUCUCGGUACUUGCCCCACACUGGAAAAAAAGUCCAGGUACGCUGAUGGGUAAAAUUCAGAAGUGAUGGUACUUUUGACUACCGCCCCAUUUGAAGCAAUGCCAAGAAGUAUAAUUGGAAGGAGAUACAGAUGAACUGUUCCAGGUUGUUGGGAUCUAUGCUCUUAACUGCUAAAUAAAGAUGAAGCAUUCUAAUA